UUUAAAGAGACACAAAAAGAUACUUAGCAUAAGAGCACAUUAGUAACCGUGUUGUGAUUUCAUAUUAACCUGAAGUUUGUUGAGGCCUCUGUGUAGUUAAUGUAAAUUGUGUUUUGAGGGAGUGGAAAGAUUUUGUGUAAACUUUGAGAAAUCACUGUAGCUGCAUUAUAAAUGGAUGUACGUUGGUUUGUCUAUUCAUUUCCUUAUAUUGGAACAAUAAAGACAAUUUUUAAAAGCUCGAACUUGAAAAUAUCAAAUUUCACGACGAUGGGGAAACAGGAAUUGACAAAGAUGGUCAGUCAAGAAAUUGUAUAAUAAUUUGUUAUUUGCUAAUAUUUAAACUGAACAAAUAUAAACAAAUAUGAUAUAAUUAUAUGGAAAUGACUAUAAUCAUGAUAGUUUGAUCUUGGGAAAAACAAGGAAAUAUCGGUAAACAAAUCUCAAAUAUUGAUUCGGUCUUUCAAGUACUUGUUGAAUGUUGACACGGGAGAAAAUAGUGGAUAUUAGACGAGACGAUGAUUUAAUGGAUCAAAGAUUGUACAGUUUGUAUGCAUAGUCUGAUUUGGAUUUAAAAUGAUUGUGGCGGUAUUUUUCUUGAUAAUGCAUUCUGAUGUAUAUUUCAAAAUACUUGGAAAUUUGACCAAAAACAAAUGAUUAAAACAUCCAUGAAUUGAUGAGAAAAUUUUUGGAAUUUAAAAAGAAAUAAUUUGAUUUAAAAUUGUGAAUAUGUACCAGCCUAUGUUUCCAAGUCUUACCGGAAAUACGGGACAAAAAGGGGCUCUUACUCUUGGUGCUUCUAAACGGCCUAGUGGGAGAAAGGCCAACAGUAUAAUCAGGAAACGUACGAAAGAAGUUCCGUAUGACUAUGCGGGGAAAUUUCCAAAAGAAAAUGUCGAAAAUAACGAGGUUGGGCAACAGUCACAACACAUGACAUCUGUCAGAGCUGGCCUUCAGAGAGCGUAUCUCGAUGGAUUGGACUUCCUUCGGAACAAGAUUCAGGACUCGGAGAUGGAAGUGCAAAAUCUGCAACAAAGCUUUUAUAGCUCUGAAGAGGCAAAGGGAGACAAUUUAACUCAGAAACAGUUAGACUAUCUAAAACAAGUAAACGACAAGUUGUUAAACGCAAAUAAUGAAUUAAAGCGCAAAAAUAUAAAGUUAGAAAUUAUAGACAGUGAAACAUGCCUUGUUGGUCUUAUCAAUAAACUUAGAGAAGCGAUGGAAUAUGACAAAGGUGAAAUUACGAUGUUAACUGAGUUUUGGGAAAAUCUCCGAAAUACGGUUGAUGGCUUUCGUGCCUUAGUUGAAAAAUUUCAAAAUAGUGUAUUAAAUCGAUUAAAUCAGAGUUGCAUUAGCUACAGCAGUGAUGAUAUUAAUCUAGAAGUUUCAAAUCGUUAUACUUUAGACAUUUCUGAUUAUAUAACGGAAUUAGAACGCGAGUUGACCAAUACGAGACUACUUCUGAAAAGUUUAGAUAGUGGUUUACAUCAGGAUUUAUUUAAGGAUUCCGAAUUUUCAGAGAAAUUACUGGUUGCAUGUGAUUUGAAAGCUUUUCCUAUAUUAAGACUUAUUCCAGAUCUAGAAAACAAAAUCAGCAGUCUAUGUGAUAUUUCUAGAAAAUGGCUAAACAGAGAUGAAGAAUAUAUGUAUGAAGUAAAUGAUUAUAUAAGGAAAACACGAACAAUAACAAAAAGGAGAUCAGAUGUUCUAAAAAAUCAAAAAGAAAAGCAAAAGAAAAUUGAAAAAUCUGUUAAAUCAACUCAAAUUUUAUUGCAAAACAACAGGGAAAAAUUGCAUACAAUAGAAUCAGAACUGAAUCAGUUAGAUGAACAAAUUGCUGGUUACGAGCACGUUAAGAAGAGUAAGCAUGACGAAAAGGAACAAAAAGCCAAUAUGGCGGACUUUUUAAAGCUUACAUUGACACAAACGAAGAAAAAUUACAGUCUCCAAAUCAAGAGGCAGAAAUUAUUAAAGCAAGUUCGCGAGUUAGAGCAAUUGCUCAUAGCUAUUGAGAGGGAGUUGUCAGAUGUUCAAGAUAAAAAGGUUGAAAGAGACCAAGCCAAAUCAUUGCUGACAGAAAAAGUAGAAAAUAGUCAAAAAUCAUAUGGUGCUGCAAGAAACGAAUUUAGUAAAUAUUCGGACGAACUAGAAACACUUGAACAGGAAGUAAAUAUCUUAUCAGGUCAGCUGUUACAACUUGAGAUUAUACAGACAUAUAAAACAAGCCCCGAAAAUUUGGAACAGAUAUUUGACCGACCACAAACUGUUAAACUGGCACCUUCACUGAAGGAGAAAAUUAAGAAUAGAAAGCGGAAGGUCGGAACACAGAAAGUAGACUAACUUCCGUCUCUCCAUGUUUUUUCACUUGUUAAAUUGCACUUUAAUGUAUUCUAUCUCCCAUGACGCAUUUCACUGAGAUAUAGAGUUAAGGAGGAUUAAUAAUCUUUCAAUUGACGUCUUCCAAAUUUUUAUAAUGCUAAAGUAUCAAUCUUGUUAGUUAUACUCAUAAUUCAUGUCAUAUCUCCGAAAUUUUAAAAUUAAAACACUAAAAAAAGUUUUCUCUAAAGGGGUCCUACCUAGGGUUCUGGAUAUAUGAUUACCAGGCCUGUUAAUUUCAUUAUCCGAUUCAACGGUUAUUUUUAAAAGCGUCGAUUAAAGCUCCCUAUUAAAAAGGCGAUUACGUCGAAAAAUAUAUUACCCCAUUCCCUUGGGGUUUUUAAAACAACCACAAACCCCAUAAAAAGAGACGGUACGAAAGGUAAAGGGAAAAGCUGAAUUCAUUUAAAAUUUAACUGACCUACAUUAAACAAAUACAGAAGUUAUUUAAAAGGUAAACAGAGAAUUAUAAUCAUUUCAUAUUUAAUUCAGGAUAGAUUUGUGCUUUUUUAUCUAUUUACUUUUUCAUUUACCUAAAGUGCUGCAUAAAUAAAACUUAUUCUAAAAAUACCGAUAAAUAAAAAGGUAUGUAUGCAUAUGAUGGAUUUUUCAAAAGGUUCUUUUGUCCGACAUUUUGUACAUAUGAAUACAUACAUGACUCUCUUUUUAAACUGAACCAAGGUGAUUUAAAUGGCAAAUCGCCAUGUGUUGUAACUAAAAGCCUUUUGAUACUGUACUCAAAAGCCAAAAUAUUUUUAUUUCAAAUUGAAAUUUUAUCUUUCGGAAAUCUUUAAUUGUGUACUUUGUAUUUAAGUUUAGUUUAUGUUUAAAUACACCUUGCCUCCCUGGAGACGAUGAUAAACGCCAUUAACGGAAAUCUUGGCCGGUAAUCCCCUUCCUUAAACAUGUUAAACAAAUAUCCACAUAUAAAAAGUCAAAUAUAACAAGAAAACAUAAAACUUCAAUGACUGCCGAAUAACAUUCAAGGGUAGACCACGUAAAUUCAUACAGAAAAGUAAGUUCAACCAAACGAUUACUUUGAUAAUGUAUAAUGCUGCAAAAUUACUUCAGUCGCUGAGUCUUCUUCCAUACUUUUGAGCACUACCUUUGAAGUUGAACAGUAGACUGUAAUUUAAAGGCCUGGAGCCCCUCUUUUCGAAAACUUUUUUAAUACAUUAUUGUUCUGAUUAGAAAUGAAACCGUGUAAAUUCAAAUGGAUUAUUAUUCUUUUAAAAAAGGUCUUUAAAAAUAAUUCAUUAUAAAUUUCUUUUCAUAGAAGUCGACUGCUUCAAAACGUCAGACAGGAAUUCUCUUUCAUAUCUUGCAUGCAUAUGUCAUAAAGAAAAAUAGAUAAUUCGUGAUAGAGAAGUUGAUCUUAUUUGCUUUAAUGUAUUGUUAAACAUAUUUUGUAGAUAAGAAAUAAGCAGGUAUGUCACCCUGUGGUUAUAUCGUAAUAUUGAUCAUUAUAUUUUAAUGUUAACAGAUAAACGUCUUGCAAAACAAUAUCUUGUAAUUUUCAUUUUUUUCAAAAUCUAAUGAAAAUGAAAGUGAUUUAAAACUGAAAUUACAGAUUUGUUAAUCAUUAAAUGUGUGAUUCAAUUAUGGUCACAAACAUUAUUUUUACCCCCCACCCCCUCCCCCCAAAACAAUCCUAUUGGAAAGACGUCUUUUCUCAAAUACUUCUGCAUUGAAGACGGUAGAUAGAGUCGAUGGCAGAUGUUUGUUCCAUCUGUUUAGACAAAAUGUCAAGUGACAUGUCUUUUUAUGUAUUAGUGUUAAUCAAAUGUUUUUGAGGUGUUAGAAUAUAAUGAUGUUUUUUCACAUAAGUUGUUAAUACUAAGUAUAUGAAUUCUUAAAAUUAACACCCCAGAUGUUUGACAGAAUAGAGUCAAUAUUUGAUGCUAUAUCUGAUUUUUACAUGCAACAAACAAAAACUCCAUAACAACGAGAUACAGAGAAAAUGACGAUGCACAGACAAUAUUUGGACCUAACCGAAUUAAAAUUAUAAGAUAUGCAAGCAAUAAUCAAAUUUACUCUAUCAGAUAUCUAAUUGACAAUUUUUUGUUGAUCUCAUUUUAGCUUAAUCGGAAAAUAGGCAAAUUGUCAAAAGGUAAAUAUGUUGAUGAAAAAAACAAAUAGUUCAAAUUUAAUCCAAAUAGUUCAAAUUUAAUAGUAUAACAUAUAUCUUAGAAGAGACUAAAUAAUCGUCCGGCAUUUGAUACUAUCUUGGAGUUAAGUACAAUCCCUAAUGUGUAUUGUGACAUAAAAGACUGAAUGGAUGAACUAUGUCUGUUCUAUGUGAUAUGACUGUUGUAGUAAGGCACCCCUAUGACUGUUCUAUGUGAUAUGAUUGCGGUAGUUUAUGAAUUUUGUAUAUGUUUACGUCAUUAUUAUGUGAUUCCGUGUAUGCCAAAAGAUACGCAAAAUAAAUUUGUUAAAAAUUA